AUGGCAGCGAUGGAGGAGUUGUCAACACAAUUGCAGUCCCUACAAGCUUUGAAGCCACCGGGGGUAACGCCCACGAAAAUCAAGACCAUCACGCAAAUAUGUGUGGACAACAUUCAGUCCGAACACCUCAUCAUCCAGAGGAUUGUCCAACAGUUUCAGAACAGCGCUGCCACCCACAAACUCGGAGUAAUAUACGUUGUAGAUGCUGUCGCUCGACAGUGGUUAGAGAAAGCCAAGGCUUCUGGUCAAGCUGUGUCCAAGAGCGCUGCGUCGGGCACUUUUGCUUCUGGCGUCCAGUUGAUUCGAGACGUGCUACCUGUCUUGAUGACCAAUCUUGCCCAGUCAGCCCCUGAUAGCCAAAGGGAAAAGAUAUCGAAGCUCCUAGACAUAUGGCAACGGGGGCAGACAUUCCCAUCAGACAUGCUUGCAACCUUCAAGCAAUUGCUCAAUGGUGGACAGAGCAACGUGCAGUCUGCACCCGCUACUCUCUCGAACGGUAAUGCUGUAGCACAGGCCUUCGGUGGCCAGACUAACCAGCAGCCUCCACCUCCGCAUGUUCAAACCCAGAUUCCACAGAUCGCUGGUGCUCAAUUUGCCGCACUUGCUAGCUUGAACCAGCAAGUCGCUUCAACUAAUGCUCCUCCGGCAGCACCCUCUUUUCCUUUCCUACAAGGUGGGCCACCACCGCCUCCGCCUGGAUUUGUUCCUCCACCACCAGCUGCAUCCACUGCACAGAGUGCUUUGCCACCCCCGCCCGCCGGCAUGAGCGAGUUAGCUGGUCAGAUACUACAAGCAAUGAGCGUAGGCUCAAUUGCUCCAGAGCAGGCUAUACAGGUACUGAAUGCAUUGGCAGCAGCUCAAACUGGAGGAGCAGCUUUGCCGCCUGCUCCACCGCAGCCUAUGACUUUACCACCACCGUUGCCGCAAGUGCAGCCUGUCGUCCAGAAUGUUAGCCAACUUGAACGGUAUGAUCAACAUGAUACUAGAAUGCGGGACCGUAGCCGUUCGCCUGAUUAUCAACGAAAUCGGUCCCCUCUGCGUAAAUCUCCGCCUAAUCCUAAUCGUCGGGAGAGUCCCACGUAUGGUGUCUACGAUCCCAAUGCUGGCCCUGAUGGCAAUGCGCUACGCUUUGAGCCAGGUGAGCGAGGUCGCAGUCGUGGUAAGCAACGUGGCGGCCGUAAUGACCGUAAUGAAUACCGUCAACGCAGUCCACCCCGACGACAGCCAAGCCCCCCUAGAGCGGCACAUGGUCAGUCCAAGUAUAUCGAGUGGGAUGAUACACUGCCCCGCGACCAUAUUAGAGUACUUAGUCGUACCCUAUUUGUAGGCGGUGCUGGUGGGACAGAAAGUGAGAUUCGCAGCAUCUUUUCUCGUUUUGGUAGAGUUCAGACUUGUAUUGUCAACCAGGAAAAGCGGCAUGCCUUUGUCAAGAUGAUGACUCGUCCGGAUGCAGUUGCAGCCAAAGAAGGCAUGGACAGCCUCCAGGACCCCGUUGCGCAAACGAAAGCGCGCCAGACUCGAUGGGGUGUUGGCUUUGGACCCCGCGAUUGCAGUGACUACCAAUCUGGCAUCAGCGUGAUCCCGAUAUUCCGACUCACUGAUGCUGAUCGUAAGUGGGCUCUCAACGCUGAGCAUGGGGGAACGGGUGGCCGUAUGCUAGAAGGAGGCAUGGUCAUUGAAGAACCUGACAUUGAGAUUGGCGCGGGAGUAUCAUCCAAGGCUAUCAGCAGACGUGUUGCUGCUGAUGCACCGCGCGGUGGCCGUGGUGGCUUUGGUGGCCGCGGUGACUUCAAUAGCCGUGGAGAACUCCACAAUGCAGGACGCGGUGGAUUGGAUCAAGGCCCGCCAAAGUUUCGCAAGCAGGACCAUCGUCCUGUCAAUGAUCCUCGCCACAUUUCGCCCCGACCGGAUCAAGGCGUUAUGGUCCCGCCUGCCGUACCGGGUUUUGGAUUCCAGCUGCCAGGCUUUUGA